CGGGAAAUAACACUCAUGCAGCUAACCGGCAGCUGACAAAAAAGCGCUAACACAAGAGGGCGAACUUGUAAUGUAUUCCAGCGCUUGAUGCUGCAAGUACUCAGUAAAGAUGGCACAUUUCCAGUUUGAGGCAAGUGUGAGUGAGCUGGUGCGUCUAGACGGUCCCAUGGUGCGGGCACCGGUGCCCCGCUGGCAGCGAAAGGCCAUGGAACGCAAAGACUCCUGUUGUUGGUCACCGACAUCUCCAGCGCCCAUGAGCUUCUCGCGCUCCAAAACCCCCAAGUGCACCCCGCUAAUGGAUUCCUCCCUCCGGGGGGCCAAAACCCCAGCCAAGACCCCCAGCAAGACCCCCAGCAAGACCCCCGGCAAGAAGCAGAGCAAGACCCCUACUGGCAAGCGCCCCGCAUCAGCUACUCUGCCACCCAGCAACCAGGGAGAUAGGUUCAUCCCAAACCGUGCCCUGAUGGAUCUGGACUUCAGCAACUUCCGAAUCAACAACGACGACGAGCCAGAGGAAGGAGAGGAUGUGAAGGGGAGGGCCUACAGCAGCACCCUCUCGGAGAUGCUGAGCGGCAAACAGACGGAGAAUGCCAAGAUCCUGACACUCAAGCAGAAACCGCCCAAGGCCCAAGAGGGUUACUACAACAACCUGAAGGUGUUGUACAGUAGCUCCAAGUGCGACAGCACGACAAAGGCCAAAGCAGGACGCUACAUCCCGAAGACUGCCGACAAUGUCCUGGAUGCGCCCGGGCUGAGAAACGACUUCUACUUAAACCUGGUGGACUGGGGUUCCAGGAAUCUCUUAGCUGUGGCACUCCACGACGAUCUAUAUCUGUGGAUUGCCUCCAGCGGGACCGUCGAGCACCUCCUGAAGCUGGAUGACCCUGAGGACUACCUCUGUAGUGUCUCCUGGAUCAAGGAGGGCAAUGUCCUGGCAACGGGGAACGCACAGGGACAAGUCCAGUUGUGGGAUGUUGAGAAAUCGAAAUGCCUUCGCACCAUGGACGGCCACGCUGCACGUGUAGGUUCAUUGUCAUGGAAUGAAUUCAUCCUCACAAGUGGGUCGCGCACGGGCAAGAUCCAUCACCAUGACGUGCGAGUGGCGGACCACCAUGUCGCAACCCUUGACUGCCACACCCAGGAGGUCUGCGGCCUCAAGUGGAGCCCCGACGGCAAAUACCUCGCCAGUGGGGGGAACGACAACCAGGUUAACGUGUGGGCCUCCGCGGCUGGAACAGGAACAGCCCCCUUAUAUUCCCUAACACAGCAUCAGGCUGCAGUAAAGGCUCUCGCCUGGUGCCCAUGGCAACCGAGCAUCCUAGCCAGUGGUGGAGGAACGGCCGAUCGCACCAUCCGCUUCUGGAACUGCAACACCGGCCUCUGUCUGAACAGCGUGGACACGGGAUCACAGGUAAGUUCCAUCCUGUGGUCUGCCGCACACAAGGAGUUGAUAUCCAGCCACGGCUUUGCCCAGUACCAGCUCAGUAUCUGGAAGUAUCCCAUGAUGCAACGCAUUGCUGACCUCAAAGGUCACACCAAUCGCAUCCUGUCCAUGUGCUUGUCGCCCGACCAAACCAUGGUCAUGUCAGCUGCUGCGGAUGAGACUCUGCGACGAUGGUCCUGUUUCACCAGCGUCGACAGCAAGCAAAAAUCGGUCAAAGGCGGCAAGACGCGCACCAGCCACGCCCUCUCGGUGGGCCAGAUCAGGUGAGUCCAUGCAGGAAAGGAGAUCUAUGCACAGAGUGCAUGUAUACGUGCAGGUGAUGAAUAUUCAUAAUUGCGCUGACAUUGCAGUGUGCACAUUCUGUACAAGAUAUCUUGUUUGCAUUUGAAAUUUCAUACGAGACAAAGUGUACUAAAGUAUUUUUUGUAACAGAAUAAAUGUGAUCUGCUCAGCUUUUACAUGUACACUACAGUAAACUUAAUAUUUGACAUCAAUUUUCAUGAGUUUACUGCAAUUAGUCAUGCAUUGUGACUCUCUGCUCACUGCAUGGAAAGCCAUUGUCUGGUACUGCCACAGAUUUAAAAUGCAUUCAGAGAAAAGGGACCAGUCUUUGAAGAAAGGAGUGACCAAUGCAAACAUGCCAUCCGUUGGAAAAAUCAACCAAAAAUAUAUGUGUGUGCUUUGUACAAGUGUAUAUUUGAAACUUUGUAUAUUUUGUUUAUUAUAAGUAUGUAAAUAAAUUAGUGGGCUCACUGUCUAUAUUAAAAUACAAACAAGAAAAACAGAGUAUGUAAAACUGGGGCCAAAAAGCAAAGAAAGUUAACAGCUGAAGAAAUUUCUCAGAGUACAUGACUGAAGUGUUUUGCACCAGGCGAUACAAACUAAAGAAAAGUUAUUGGGUUGUGUAAAGAUGUUUUAAAAGGAGCAUAAACAGGGGAUUUAUAAAACAUUUCUCAAAAAAUGUACUGAAAUGCAUUCUUGUGUGAUCUUUAAAAAAAGGAGGCGCGCAGCAGAUUAAAAAACCCCAAUGAAUACCCAAUAAAAAAAUGAGCGAUGUUGUUUCCUUUAGUGCAUCAGUUGAUAAAGACAAGGUCAAUAUAACAUUCAAAAGGUUUUAUUUCUUUACAUUUGUGACAUUGUGAGUGUGAAAAAAGUGAGUUGUUUGUACUUGUCAAGUUGUGGUGCCUCUGUACAUGCUGGAAUUACAAAAGUCAAAAUGAAUCGGUUCAGAUCGGCUCUAUUCUAGUAGCUCCAGUU